GUGCGCUCUGGCUGCGGACCGAGCGCCGGGCUAGGGAGACCAGCGGCUGGCGCUGGGCCGCAUGGAGCUGCUGGCGCUGCACACGCGGCGGCGGCGGCGGGGGGCGCUGCUCUCGCAGGAGCCGGGAGACCCGGAGCGCAAACGAGUAUGCAAGAGUUUAGAGACCGUUCCAAAUGAGAGUGAUUUUUGCCACCAAUUAAAUGAAUGUGCUAUGGAUUACUGGAGUAUGGAGCUGGAUUCAAAACAGAAAGAUACCACAGAACAAUUUAUUCCUCGGACUCCUAAGGAAAAGCCAAAUUCAGUGAUUUUUCAAAAUCAUGGAAGCAAAGGUACUGCCCAGCCUUGCCCAAGAUGUAUUGCAGGAGAAUCUGGACACUUCAACCAUAUUAUGGGCUUCUAGAAGAAGAGAGCCUGCAAACCAGCAAUGUUCAGUUUCUGUUUUUAAAACAUAAGAACAUGCAUGUGUAAAUGCCGUACAGCUGGAUUUCUGUACACACCCAUUCAAUUAAUGUGGAUCUAGAUUUAUUAUACAUUAUGUAAAAUUUUGUGCGUUAUGUUGUAUUUUGAAUACAAAAAUCCAUAUUCCUUUGUUUUUAUAGUUUAAGAAAUUAUUAGUUCAAAUAACUUCCAUCUUGAUCCUUCCUUCCUACUUCCUCCCCAAGGCCCGUCACGCAGGCUAGUGUUUCAUUCAGACAUAGGUGUUUUUAGUAGUGGGUAAAGAAAGUCACGAAAGUAGGUGUGAUUUUGCUUUGUUAUAAGAGUUUAGUUAGCCCAGUGUUGGUCCAAUCCUGCAAACCCGUAGUCCUCUUGCUCCACUUUCUGUUCCUUUUGGGCACCUAUUGGGACACUAGUACUGGCAUCCUUGUGCUCAGAUGAGAACAGGGACUGCAUUUGUGGCCCAGCUUUUUCUAGAAGCCCGUACAGAGUGACAAAGCAGAGGUUCUCUUUACACACACACACAGAGCCCUUGUACGCCUGCACAGAGGCCAAUAACAAUCUGGUCUUAAGCUUGCACUUCUUUGUUACUCACCAAAAACAUAUCCCCCAUCCAUUUUGAAGAACUUUCCACUUGUUUAUAAAUGAACACAGUUUUACACACACACCUAUCUCUGAAAGAGAAAUACUAUUUUUGCAACAUUCCAGCAUGUGAAAUUGAAUGGUAGCACCUGUGCUAUGCAGUUCCCUGUUCAAAGCUGCCAAGGACACAACCAGUUUGCCACUGUUUGCCUCUAGUAGGGAAGACUCACAUGUUUUCCAGUUGUUGGUUUGGUUUUUGGAUCUUGGCUACUGCUGAAAUUGUUUGAACAUUAUUUUAAAUCUCUAUUUCUUGGCAGUAUUAAUUAUUUAUAUUUCAUUUUUAUCAUUUAUAUUAAAAAGUUUUCAGGAAAUCUAAGAUAGGGCUCAAUAAUGCCAGCAGAGUGAGGAUGAGGGGUAGGUAUACUGGCCCAGGGGUUGCUCUGGGAGGAAUUCACUAGUAGAAGGUUCUGGAGCAGAGGAGGUAUACCCAGCAUAUUGGGCUCCUGCCUGGGAGGCUGAUAAGCAUAUGGCCCAAACUCUUUCAACUCUCUUUUGCUGUUUCAUACCCCAGAAGGUGCACACAGAUAAAUCUCUGAGCUACAGUUGUGCCUCGCUGCUGCUCAAGGGAGGGCUUUCUUUAAGCAGCCCAAAACAAAGAUUAUGGGCCAGAUCUUUCACUCUAGUUAACCUAUGAUCAACACAGGACCCAAAGGCCUGGUCUACACUAC